AUUCCGGCUGACACAUUUCGCAGGGUAAAUAAAUUGUGUAAAUCACAUGUUCGGCAAACGAAAUCCCCUUCCAAAUUGCCCCAUCCAAAUGAAACACUGAGCCAGAGUCGAAGCGGCGCGAAAUGUGGCACGCGAAGGCGCAACCAAUGGCCAGGAUGGGCUUGCGGCCGUUUGCCGCCACCGCGUCUAAGGGGAAAUGCGAAAAGGUGCCCCACGAAACGGUCUCGGUUAGCCGGAGUCUAAGAAAGAUCACCCCGAUGGCGUACUCCAGACUCCGGAGGAUUAUCAACAAGCUGGAGCAACUGCAGAUAAUGGGUCACAAGCUCCGGCUGAACGACAAGGAGCGCCAAGCCAACGAGGUAAUAAUGGCCAUCAAAAACGAUGAGAUCAACCAGGGCAAGCUCGAUCCCACCAAGUUCACCCCGGGUCAGCAUAUUUUUCAGACCUUGACCGCGAUCCGUAAGUCGCCGAUCUUCAAAAUCAUCAAAAAGAUGCCCAAGGGCGGGGUGUUGCACGCCCAUGAUACGGCACUUUGUAGCACAGAGUUCCUGAUCAGUCUCACCUACCGGGAGAACCUGUGGAUUUGCACGGCGGAGAAGGACAAGGCCAUCGCCUUUCGGUUUUCAGUUGAUAAGCCCACCAUGAAGCCCAUGGAUAAAUGCAAGUGGGAGCCCAUGUGCGAGUUGCGGGAGCGGAUGGGCGACGAGGAGGUGAAAAGGUACCUCAGGCGGCGCUUCAGCAUGUAUCCCUUCUCCAAGUUCAUCUCCAAUAAUCAGGCUUGGGCUCACUUUAUGGGAAUUUUUAUACUGCUUGACGGGUUACUGUGCCACGCUCCCAUUUGGGGGGACUAUUAUUACAACGCUCUCAAGGAGUUUGCCGAGGAUGGCGUCCAGUAUCUGGAGCUGAGGUCCUUGCUGCCGCCACUCUAUUGCAUGGGCGAGGAAAUGCUGACGAUCAGGGACACGGUGGCCAUCUACAAGUCCGAAUUGGAGCGAUUUAUGGCCGAUCAUCCAGACUUCAUUGGCUCCAAGUUGAUCUACGCCCCGUUAAGAGGCGUGGAGCCCAAAGUGGUGGAGGGUUAUGUUAAAACUGCCACGGAACUCAAUAAAGAAUUCCCGGACUUUAUGAUCGGCUUUGAUUUGGUGGGUCAAGAGGAGCUGGGAAGACCGCUAAUCGAUUUUGUAGAAAACUUGCUAAAGAUGCCAGAACAGAUCAAGUUCUUCUUCCAUGCGGGAGAAACAAACUGGUUUGGAUCGCCCAUCGAUGAGAACCUCACGGAUGCCAUUAUGCUGGGCACCAAGCGGAUAGGCCACGGAUACGCCAUAACGAAGCACCCGGUAUCCAUGGGAUUGGCCCGCUUCCUGGACAUUGCCAUCGAGGUGUGCCCCGUUUCCAAUCAGGUGCUGCAACUGGGUGUAGACUACCGGAACCAUCCGGCGGCCCUGCUCUUGGCCUCCAAUGUGCCCAUUGUGAUCUCCUCAGACGACCCGUCGUUUUGGCGAUGCGCCCCGCUGUCCCACGACUUCUACUUCGCCUUCCUGGGCAUUGCGCCGGUGGGAGCGGAUUUGAGGUUCCUCAAGUGCCUGGCCAUGAACUCAUUGCGGUACAGUGCCCUGGAGGGCGAAGAGAAAAAAGUUGCCUUUGCCAAGUGGCAGAAGUCGUGGGAUAAGUGGAUCGACGACCUUGUCUCCGAGAAGGGAUGUUAAAAUUAAAAGUCCUUGGUUUUUGGUUUUUAUGGUA